GCGGAUCUUCAGAGAUUUAAUCUUAGAAACACACGGAUACAAGAAGACGACAUCUGUUUCUUUGAUAACGGUCCCAUCAGGGGAAACAUUCAAUCUUUCCAGUAAUCCUCCGCUCAUAGUUAACAUUGUAAGCGUCCACUCAGUGAACAAUCAUCAACCAUCAAAGGCAUUUUUUCCAGCAACGACAGAUUGGUUUUUGGUGUUUGUUGUUUUUAAAAAUACGACACAAGCUACCUUGCUUGAAGGGGCUGAUCUGAUCAACCAGCAACAGUUUUUUUAUUUUUUAUUAGAACUUUAAAUAAUUAGAGACCGGAGAUUAGGUCUACACCACUUUAUAGGCUCGUUAAUUUCAACUUCACGGACACUCGUUGCGAUGUUUGAGGGAGCUGGGGGAUCUGGAUGAGGGAGCUGGAUCUAGUGGCUGCGUUUUUUCUUUCUGUGUCUGUAUUCCUGCUCGUAACACCUUGAUGCAAGACGCCUUUUACUCAGUGACAGUAAUUGGUACUGAUAGAAACGGACUUGUCUUGAUCGCUCUGAUGAAUUGAGUUCCUCAUUUGAUGACUACACCUCGCUGUUGCCGUGGAAAUAAUCCCAAAACAAAACGGUUAUAAAAUUCUCUCCGGAGAGUGGUGGCCCAAUUGAUGAUUUCAAGCUCAAUCCACAUGGUAUGUAAAUUUGGCGAAUCGACUCAGAAAGCAGGAGUUAAACAGUUGCUUGUACUGUUUAGAGAAAAGAGAGAUAAAGUACGAGCAAAAACAGCAAUUAAUUCCUCGGAGAGUUGGGACAACUCUACUGAUGGUUUCAAGAUUUAUCAACACUAGUUGCAGAAUCGACUGAGAAAAGGGAAAGAAACGGUGAGAGAGAAUUUAUUAGUCUGCAUAUUGACUGUAGCGGAGCUCCAUGCUAUUGAUUCAAGAGAAUUCUUUGAUGUGCGCCGUCCUGUCCCUGGCUUGAAGUGUUGUGACACUGGACGGAUCCUUGCUCUUAUUCCUUUGAUCGGGAAACCUCUUCUAGGGCAAAUAAAUACACCUCGUAAACACAAGAGCCAGUAACUUUUAUAAAAAGCGGUUUCACAGGACGGGUCUUGGUGGUUUCUAGAGAAAAAUGGAUCGCUACAGACGAACAAACAUGAGAUUUCGGGCAAAUACCCUCCCUGAAGAAAGUAUGAGCAGACGGAACAGGGAAUACAAAGAUGUUGUUCAAAAGCUUGUGGGCCGUCAGAGCAACGCAGCGCGUGGUUCUCCAGACCAGCAGCGGAAACAGCAGCAACGACAGAUGCUCCACCAGUUACGACAGCACGUCUCGGAAGCGCGCUUUGAGACGGGCGAGGCCGUCUCGCACAUCCAGGACGGCAUGAAUAAGAUGGAGGCACGCCUCAGUCAAUCCAGUAUGGACAGUGAAGAGGGCGUGUUCCACGGCGGCAAUCCAAACAGUAUGAAUGAGAAGUAUCAGAGUGAUACGUUGCGCGCGAUGCAGGAGUUAGUCGUCAAACGGCGGCAGAGCGAGCUGGACGAGACGCACGUCGCCGUCGAGCCCGGACGAAAACCCGAGGAACUUCCCGUUGUCGAAGUGUCACCGAAGAAACAUUGACAUUUUCUUCAAACCUCCUCCUCCAUCUCAAUUUGUCUUGUAUAUUUAUAUAUUAUUCCUGCAUCUUCUAUGAAGAGAUCUAUACAGGCAUCUUAGCCUUAUUUUGCCAGUUGUAAACACGAUACUCAUGGAUUUUCAAAGGUGUUGGAUUUUUUAUUGACAAAUUUUGUUUCUUUUCUUUUUUCAUACUUUAUAUUUAGGGAGCACAUCUUCAUUGCAUAAGAUUCAUUUUAAUUGUGUUUAUAGAGAGGGAAACUAAAGUUUUUAAAUUAGAUGACACGCCCCCCCCCCCCCCCCCCUCCACCAAGCUCGAAAGGAAAAAACCAUAUUAAAACUAAACCUAGUUACUAAUAAACCUAGUGAGCUUGUAAACCACCAUAUUCAAAAAACCUGACGUUCAUUGAAGUUGCCAUAGUGAUUUGUUUUUCAAACUUUUGCAUAACAAAAGAAACAAGGUUGCGACAAAUAGUUAGCGGCCUGAGGUCAGUGUGUAUGUAGACUGAAAACCCAAUCGAAACCCAGCAGGAUUCGAACUAGGGUCCCUGAGGUGGAAGGCACCAUGAAAGAAACCGCCCGCCACCCCAUACAAGUUGGCAAAUCUCCCAGCCAACUUUUCUUUACCUUCCGCCCGGGUAGUAGUUCAAAAAGCAGGACAGUUCUUUUCAGAACUGGGAAGUCUCCUGAACAUCCGAU